UUAUUGAGUUAAAUUAUGUUUAUUCCAUUUCUAGCUGAUAGAGAUUAUCGAGGAAGAAGGUUAAUUGAUAAAAGAUUCCCCGGAAAGACACCGAUUAAUAAACAAGUAUUAGCAAAAUACUCUAAAGGUCCUGGGCUUGACUUAAAAAGAAAAACAAAUGUGAUUAAAAAUAAAGUUGUUAGGAAGAAAUUACAGCGGAAAGAGCAGAUUAUAGAGGAACAGGUAGAAGCUUCUGCUCGGGCAGAAUUACUACUGACAGAAGAGCAUGGCUACUUGGAAGCUGAUGAUGGAGAAAUAACUACUGAAUAUCGGCAAAAGCAAAUUGCAAACAAUGUGGACAUAACAAGUGCAGCCAAACAAUUCAAAUUGGAUUUGCAGUUUGGUCCAUAUUGCUUUAAAUAUACCAGAAAUGGCCGACAUUUACUUUUGGGUGGAAAACAAGGUCAUGUGGCAGCUUUUGACUGGGUAACAAAAAAGCUGGCUUGUGAAAUAAAUGUGAUGGAGUCUGUACAUGAUGUUACAUGGCUGCAUCUAGAAACUAUGUUUGCUGUAGCGCAAAAGGAUUGGGUUUAUAUUUAUGACAAUCAGGGAAUAGAGUUACAUUGUUUGAAAAGAAUGAAUGGUGUGACAAGAUUGGAAUUUUUGCCAUAUCACUUCUUGCUUGCCAGUGGAUCGAAAGACGGUCAUAUGGCUUGGUUGGAUGUGUCUAUGGGCAAGCUUGUCGCUCGUUAUAAUUCACAUUUGGGCAGAAUAUCUGUGAUGACACAGAAUCCAAAUAAUGCAGUGUUAUGUGUGGGUGAUUCGAAAGGAAUAGUGUCUAUGUGGUCUCCAAACUCUACUAAGCCAUUGGCGAAAAUGCUCUGCCAUCAUCAGUCAAUCAUGACAUGCGCUAUUCAUCCAUAUGGGACUUAUAUGGCAACCAGUUGUGUAGAUAAAUCUGUGAAGAUAUGGGAUAUUAGGCAAUUGACAGGGCCAGUGAGUCACAUGCAUCUUUGUUCUCCCACUCAUCGUAUGUCUUACAGUCAACGUGGCUUGCUCGCACUUGCUAUGGGCAAUGUAGUAGAAGUUUUUAGGGAAUCAUUCGGUGAUUUUAAGCCAUAUUUGCGACACAAGACUGCUCGCAAUGUAGGCUGUGUUAAAUUUUGCCCAUAUGAAGAUGUGUUGGGAAUUUCUACGGCAAAUGAAUUUUCGUCGCUCCUCGUGCCAGGAAGUGCGGAAGCAAAUUAUGAUGCACAUGAGAUUAAUCCAUUCCAAACUAAAAAUCAAAGACGGGAAGCGGAAGUAAAAGCACUUUUGGAAAAGAUACAACCAGAAUUAAUCACUCUCGAAUCAACUGAGAUACUUGAAAUUGAUGUACCUACUUAUAAAGAGAAAAUGGAAUCAAAGAAAAAACUUUUGUAUGUUAAACCAAAACCAAUAAACUUUGAAUCCCGACGAACGAAAGCUAAGGGCAAAGGUGGCACCGCGAAAAUAAUAAAAACUAAAAAGAUACUGAAAGAAUUAAGUCGUCGGGAAAUGAUUGAAACAUUUUGCGAAACACAUGAAGAAGCGGCUCCGAAAAAAACCGAAAGUCAAAACAAAGAUUAUGGUGUAUUAAAUAGAUUUCUUCCAAAAAAAUAAAAUAAAUUCUAAUAGAAUUUAAUUUUAAU